AUGUCAACUGAUGACGACUCCUCGGGCAGGACGUCCGCCUGCAGUCGACAGAAUGGAGUGCAGCAGAGCACCGAAGCGAAACAAGUGGAGCCAAGAAGGAGUUCGCGCAACACUUCGAAUCUGUUGCACCAUCAGCACAGCUUCGAGGCGCGCUACAGCAACAUAAUACAAAAGCAGAUUUGGGAGAACACUAUUAAUAAGGAUGCUAUAAAGCGUCAGCUUAAUGACUAUUUUCCCUUUGCACGCACCGCUUCCCUCACAAGAAAGGAGUCGGAUUGCUCCUAUGAUUUGCUCAGUCUAACGCCAGGGAGUAAUGAUAAAGCCCUAAAAGCACGCUCAUUGGGUUCCACGCCCACCAAACAUCGAUCGGAGGAUUCCCUGGAGAGCUUCGAUUCCGCGAAAAAACAAGCCAAGUAUAAAGGUGAUGCGUGUUGAUUAUUGACAAAUAUAAUUAAAUAAGAAACAUGCU